AUGCGUUGCCAGGAGGUAAGAUCUUGGACAUUCACAGGUCUAGUAUCUGCGUUUCUUGAUCUCUCUGUAGCUUUCACGCUGCUUUGCGCGUCGUCUCUCGUUUACCUAACCUCGAAGCUCCUCGGUUUAUUUGGUUUGACCCUUCCAUGCCCUUGUGAUGGCCUCUUCAGUGACCCGCACAAGAACAAGUGUUUCCAAGAGAGUUUAAUCAACCUUCCUUUGAAAAAGGUCUCUUCCGUGCAAAGAUCCGUGAAAAACAGAACACCUUUUGAUUCAGUUCUGUAUAGUGAAGCCAAUAGUGACGUCUGUGUUGGAAAGAAGAGAAGAGGAGAGCGUGAGGUCUCUAGUACUCCUUCGGGAUUCGAUCUUCUAACCUCGCAGAGUUUAAAGAAAGGAAGUUUCAAGAUUAAGAGCAAGCGGCUUAGCUUCCACAGGUCGUCUUAUGGUCUCAAGAACCAUUCCCAUGGAUAUGGCAAUGAUGUUGAGGAGAAUGAUCAUCUUCUUGUCAACUUUAAAGAGGACGUUCCGUUGAGGAAAAGCAUUUCAUUGAGUGAAGCUAAAGCUGAGAACAAGCAACCGGAGAGGACGUUUUCUUGGGCGGGAGAAGGAACAUGCAGUUCUCCUGUGGAUCUAACACGGAAGCCGAAUCUUGAACAAGUUCUUGGUGAAGAAAGAGCUGCUCGUGCUGCGUUAGCGCUUGAGCUGGAGAAGGAGAGAAACGCUGCUGCUUCUGCUGCUGACGAGGCUUUGAGUAUGAUACUGCGGUUACAAGAGGAGAAAGCGUCGAUAGAGAUGGAAGCUAGGCAGUAUCAGCGGAUGGUUGAAGAGAAAUCUGCUUUCGACGCGGAAGAGAUGGUCAUUCUCAAGGAGAUUUUGCUGAGAAGGGAGAAAGAGAAACAUUUUCUGGAGAAGGAAGUUGACACCUACAGGCAAAUGUUUCUUGAGACUGAGCCAAGAUUUGAUGACAUGGAUAGUAGUGUUCUUGCGAUUGGAAACAAAUCAAUGCUUCUCGGAGAUUAUGAUAACACCGGUUCUUUAAAGCCAGUGGGGGUUGAGAGUGAUGAGGAAAUGAAGGUGGAUGGUGUAGAGCAAAACAGUCCAGAGAGUGAACAAUCAAGAAGUGAAGAGGACACUUCGUUUCAAGAACCAUUAUCAAGAUCUAGCAACAUCUCUGAGUCUAAGGAAGUUGAUGCCUAUGUGCAUGAUAUCCAUGUAGUGACAGAUCUCAAACUAGACAGAUCACAGAGUGUUUCAGAUGCAAGAUAUGGACUCCCACCUGCAUGGCCACAAGGACAGAGGAACAUGUCUCCGAAUAUGCGCAGAAACUCGAUGUCAGCUGUUGAUUGUGAAAGACUGAAGAUAGAGAGUGAAGUUGGUUUGCUGAGAGGACGGUUAAGAGCUGUACAAAAGGGAAGAGAGAAGCUUAGUUUCUCUUCAAGAGAACAGAGCAAAUCGCUUUUUGGAGAUAGAACAAGCCGGUUUUGGGAGGUUAGAGGAUCUGGACCUCAAGAUUCUUCAAGCCCUUCAUCCACAAUGGCAAAAGCAAUGUCUAUGACAUUAGACUUGCAUAGUGCUUAG